CUGGGUACAUGAUACCAUACAGCAUCCAUAUCAAACUUGCGCGGGCCGCACUAACAUUAAACUUUCAUAUCAAGGCGGGGGCCUCAAACUAGUGUCCUGCGGGCCACAUUUGGCCCGCGGGCCGUGUGUUGUACAGCAUCAAAAUAUGUAAAAAUACAACCUAAAAUCCAAACAUAAAAUGAAAUUAAUUUAAUCAGAUAUUGCAUCACCACCAAUCUGUUUUUUUGGGGGGGUUUUUUUGGCCCAUCUACUACGACCUGGAAGCCGUAAAUCCCCUGGGCCAGACUUUGGACACCCCUGUCCUGUGUAUCCAAACACACACAUACAACCACAACAAUGACCUCUUGGCCGUGGUAAUUAACCAUCAUAUCCUUCUACGCACAUUCCUGUUGGCCCGUUUGUAGAUGUACAGCUGCCAACUCACAUAGAUCAUCUUGUCAGCUCUGUGCCAAGCCCACACUGAUGAAAAUAUGGCUGCCAUCUGCUCAGGAGAAUAUUGCUAUGUGUGCUAAUAGUGUACACCUGAGGAAGACUGUUGAGCUGAUUAUGAAGAUGCCCCCAUUAUAGCUGACCUUAAGCAUCGACCAGUCAGGAUGUGAGAGGCCCAGUAAGCGGAUGCGAUGACGUCUCCUCUUAAGACUGAUGUCUGUCUUUCUGUCGUCUUGCUGCUGAGCUAAGACAAACCAGCACACUGAGAUAAGUGCUGUACAGGCUGAUUCCGAUCAUGGAAUUGUCGGAAUGAUUUGAACCAUUGACCUUUGACACAGAUAAAUCCAGUCAGCUCCAUAGGACCUCCAUGUCUGCUGAGACACAUCUAUUUGAAAAGCAACAAAAGAACACGAUAUAAUGCUAGACAACCUUAUAGCAUCUGUCGUCACUGUGUGUGUCUGUGUGUUUGUGUUGUUUCAGCACCAGGAGCUGGAGGAGACGCUCCAGGCGGUGCAGUCUCACGGCCCCACGGACCAUCUCGCUGACCAGUGUGUUUAUUUCUGCUGAGCCUCCAGUGUUUAUUUUCACCAGGUUUGGAGGUGUGAAAAAAAAGGACGUCUGUGUUCCUUCCAAAAACCUUCCUCCCACCUGGAGUUGCGGUCCUGUCAUUCAUCAGCGAGUAUGCAGAAAUUUGACCCGCGCCAUGCCCCAGAAAGAGGUUGCGUGUUUCUUCCAUGCAUUAUGGUACAAGAGCUAUGGGGGCAGGCUUCAUACAGGUGAGGAGUGGAUUGUUUGAGAGGUAACCUGCACCGGUAUGGAUGUGACGGGACAACAGCAAUAACAGCCUGGACGUCAAUGGAGCUGUGUGGUCCCAACAUGAGUGAGAGUGGCGGCUCCCUCUGCCACGGUGUCUCCCUUUGCCGCCUUCAGGUCAGCGGGCAAGCUCUGCACAACCUUUCUCCUCUCACCUCUCGGGUCAAACACGCACCCCCGGCCCUACGACAGCGGGUGAAUGGAGCCAUGGCGUCCACCUACAGCAGCCCAGAGUGUGCAACCUCCAAAGUGGGAGAGAGCGGCUCCUCUGCUGGGAAGGUGCUGGUGACAGGAGGUGGAGGAUACUUUGGUUUCAGGCUGGGGAGGGCGCUCGCCAGUCAGGGGAUGUCUGUCAUCCUUCUGGACAUGAACAAGCCUCCGAAUGACAUCCCUGAUGGAGCUGUCUUCUAUCAGAAUGACAUUCGGGAUUAUUCAUCUCUGUUUGACUUGUGUGAUGGUGUGGACUGUGUGUUCCAUUCUGCAUCUUAUGGCAUGUCUGGCCCAGAACAGCUGAGGAAAGAGCAAGUGGAGUCAGUCAACGUGGGAGGGACUAAUAACGUCAUAAAUGUGUGCAAAGAAAGGAGCAUCCCUCGUCUUGUGUACACCAGCACGAUCAAUACGGUGUUCGCAGGGGAGCCGAUUGAGGACGGUGACGAGGCCUCCGUCCCUUUCGUACCCCCCUGCAUGCACGUCGAUCACUACUCCAGGACUAAAGCUGUAGCGGAGCAGAUGGUGCUCUCAGCCAAUGGGUGCUCCCUCAAAGGAGGAGGUCUGUUGAGGACAUGCGUCCUGCGGCCUUGCGGCAUCUACGGUCCCGAGGAGCGAAGACACCUGCACAGAGUGAUGGUGAAUGUGGAACGCCGCUUCUUCAGUUUUCGGUUUGGCAACCCGCAGGCCAGAAUGAACUGGGUCCACGUGGACAACCUGGUGCUGGCCCACGCGCUGGCCGCUGAGGCUCUCACCAUGAAGAAGAGCUGUAUUGCUAGUGGACAGGUCUAUUUCAUCAACGACGGACUUUCUGUUAAUCUUUUUGAGUGGUUAACUCCUCUGUUUGAGAAAUUGGGCUACAGCAGGCCAUUGAUAACAUUGCCUUUUUGUCUCGUCUAUUCAGCAGCCAUCCUGGUGGAAUAUUUGCACAUAUUCCUUCGGCCUGUGAUAGAAGUGCCUCUCCUGUUCACCAGAAAUGAGGUGAGGAACAUAGCUGUAAGCCACACCUUUAAGAUAGACAAAGCCAGACAAGAUCUCGGGUACAGUCCCAAGUCCUACAGCCUGGUGGACUCGGUGGAGCAGUACCUUCAUUCCCGAAAGGGCCGCUCCGGCUCGACUCUGGUCCACUGGAGGCCCCCCCGGCUGCACAGACCCCACAUGGUGCUGCUACUGAUGGCUUUCAGCAUGCUGCUCCUCAUGUUAAGCUGCGUUCAGGGUAGCAUUUUAACAUAGACACAGGUGUAAGCUAAAUAUUUCACUUAAAUUACUUUGUCUUACCUCAAUAAAAUGUCAUAAGAGAUCCAAUACACCAAAAAAUAUUAGAUGCUGUGUACGUACCUAAUGAGUGCUUUCACUUUUUGUUUUUUUGUUUUGAUAAUCAAAUGUGUGUGUGUCUUUAUGCAAAAUUACAAAAGUAUUAAAUCCGUUUUUUGUGAAUGCUUCCUGUCGGAUUGAGUUGUCAAGCGUUUGAAAUCAUUAGAAUCUUAUGUAAAUAAAUCUAGCAAAUGGA